ACUUUCCCCGCAUUCUCCGCCUCUCUCACCUUGCUCUCUCUCAGACGCCCGUCCGCCGUCCUAUCUCCUUCUCCGGCUCGCCGGCUCUGUGACCCUCGGCGAGAGACGGCCUACAGGGAGGUUGUUACUGAGAACCAGAUAUAAUCUAAGAUGGCUGAAUUUUUUGUCCUCAACACCGGUGCGAGAAUCCCAUCGGUUGGCCUCGGCACCGCGACAGGGAAAGCUGAACCCGGCGUCGUCGGAGCGGCCGUCUAUGCUGCUGUCAAGGCUGGAUAUCGGCAUAUCGACUGCGCUCCACAAUACCGCAAUGAGAAGGAGAUUGGUCUCACUCUAAAGAAACUAUUUGAGGAUGGUGUUGUUAAACGGGAAGAUUUAUUUAUCACUUCUAAGUUGUGGUCUGGUAAUCAUGCCCCAGAAGAUGUGCCAGAGGGCAUCGACACUACCCUUGAAGACUUGCAGCUGGAGUAUUUAGACCUUUUCCUUAUCCAUACUCCAAUUCGUUCUAAAAAAGGAGCCAUCCCAACCCCUGAAAACUUCCUUCCGGUUGACAUUCCUGCUACUUGGGGAGCAAUGGAGAAGUUAUAUCACUCUGGCAAGGCUCGCGCGAUUGGUGUGAGUAACUUUUCUUGUAAGAGGAUGGAGGAUUUGCUUGCCAUUGCUAGUGUACCACCAGCAGUCAACCAGGUUGAGUCACAUCCUGGUUGGCAGCAGAUGAAACUCCGUGAACUUUGCAAGUCAAAGAGUGUCCAUAUUUCUGCAUAUUCACCCUUGGGUAAACCUGGAUCGCCUGGGUCCAUGGGUAAAGGCUUUCUUAGCAAUCCUAUUAUUGUCUCUGCUGCCGAGAAGUUGCAGAAAACCCCUGCACAGGUUGCUCUACGCUGGGGUCUUCAAAUGGGCCACAGUGUGCUUCCGAAGAGCGUCAACGAAACAAGGAUGAAGGAGAACCUAAGCGUAUUUGGUUGGUCUAUUCCUGAAGAUUUGAUGGCAAAGUUCUCUGAAAUCCCACAGGUUAAGACGCUAAGAGCCGAGUUCGUAGUUCACCCCCAAGGUAUCUACAAAACCGUGGAGGAUUUCUGGGAUGGUGAAAUCUGAAGCGUACGAAGUACUGCACUGAACGCAUCACAUCACAUCAUAUUCCAACAUAAAACCCUUGUUAUUGUCGUUGGUUCUGAAUUUGUAUGCAAAUAUUUUCAUUUGAACCGCUAGCAGUAAAUACCUUCUUUAGAUGAGAGAAACUGGAAAUAUCUUGUUCGAUUAUGUAUCUAUACCGCAGUAAAUGUUGAUCUCCUAAAUAUGUUUCAAAGUAAGCAUAGUUCUCAUAUACAUAAUGAGCCAUUUAGUCCGUGCCUGGACUUGAAAAAUGA